AUGUGGAACACCUCUGAUGUCAACUUCUCCUGCUACCAUGAAUCUGUCUUGAACUAUCAUUAUGUCGCCGUAGCCUGGGGGGUCAUGGUGGCUGUGACAGGCACUGUGGGCAAUGUGCUCACACUGCUGGCCUUGGCCAUCCAGCCCAAGCUCCACACCCGAUUCAACUUGCUCAUUGCCAACCUCACGCUGGCUGAUCUGCUCUACUGCACCUUACUCCAGCCCUUCUCAGUGGACACCUACCUCCACCUGCACUGGCGCACUGGUAUUACCUUCUGUAGGAUCUUUGGGCUCCUCCUCUUCGCUUCCAACUCGGUCUCCAUCCUCACCCUCUGCCUGAUUGCACUGGGACGUUACCUCCUUAUUGCCCACCCUAAGCUCUUUCCCCGAGUUUUCAGUGCCAAAGGAGUAGUGCUGGUGCUGGUGGGCACCUGGGUAAUAGGUGUGGCCAGUUUUGCCCCUCUCUGGCAUAUCUAUGUCUUGGUACCUGUAGUCUGCACCUGCAGCUUUGACCGAUUCCGAGGCCAGCCUUACACCACCAUCCUCCUGGGCAUCUACUUUGUGCUUGGACUCAGUAGUGUUGGCAUUUUCUAUUGCCUGAUCCACCGGCAGGUGAGGCGAGCAGCGCGGGCACUGAACCAGUACAAGCUGCGCCAGGCGAGUGUCCACUCCAACCAUAUCGCUGGGGCGGAUGCCAUGCCUGGCCAUUUCCAGGAGUUGGACAGUGGCCUGGCCUCUGGAGGAACAAGUGAGGGAAUUUCAUCUGAGCCAGUCACUGCUUCCACGACUCAGACCAUGGAGGGAGACUCAUCAGAUGUGAAGGACCAGGCCAACAGCAAGGCAGCUAGGCAACCGAGGGAGAAAAGACUUCCAGAAGUACCUGCCAAGGUCAGGCCAACCAAAGGCGGCAGAAAAGACCAAGACUCCCCAUCAAAGUUUGGGAAGGUGACUCGAAUGUGUUUUGCUGUGUUUCUUUGCUUUGCCCUGAGCUACAUCCCCUUCUUACUGCUCAACAUCUUUGAUGCAAGAGUACAAGCUCCUCGGGUUGUCCAUAUGCUUGCUGCUAACCUCACUUGGCUCAAUGGGUGCAUCAACACUGUGCUCUACGCAGCCAUGAAUCGCCAGUUCCGGCAAGCUUAUGGUUCUGUCCUACGACGAGGUCCUCAGAGUUUUCGCAGGCUCCGUUAG